AUGUCUGCCAUUUCUGAUAGCGAUAGCGAAACGGAGGUUGUUUCUAGAAACCUUUGUGGAGUAGUCGACAUAGGAUCGAACGGCAUCCGCUUCAGUAUAUCCUCCAAGGCCUCCCACCAUGCUAGAAUCAUGCCGUGCGUGUUCAAAGACCGCAUUGGUAUUUCACUAUUUGAAGUUCAGUAUGCAGCCAAUUCAUUGGAUAAGGCCCCUAUCCCGGAAGACACCAUUAAGGAGGUUAGCGCAGCCAUGAAGAGGUUCAAGCUAAUUUGUGACGAUUUUGGCGUUCCAGAGACCGGUGUCCGCGUUGUUGCCACCGAGGCAACACGCGAAGCUAUCAAUUCAAAGGAAUUCAUUAGUGCUGUAUUUGAAUCCACCGAAUGGGAGGUCGAGCUUUUAACAAAAGAAGAAGAGGGAAAAAUAGGCGCUUAUGGAGUUAUCUCCUCGUUCAAUUCUGUUUCAGGGCUUUAUAUGGAUCUUGGAGGGGGAAGUACUCAAAUAUCUUGGAUAAGUUGCAUUGACGGCCAGAUCAAGAUGUCGGACACUCCAGUGUCGCUUCCAUAUGGCGCAGGGGCGUUGUCUAGAAGAAUGAAACUCGAGGAUAAGCGAGAGCUCUUUCUUGAAAUUAAGGAAGCGUACAAAAAUGCUAUUUCCAAAAUAGACAUUCCUCAGGAAAUGAUCGAAGAAGCUCGCCAAAAGGGCGGAUUCGAUCUGUUCACAUGUGGCGGAGGUCUGAGGGGAAUGGGCCAUCUGCUUUUGUCAAAGAUCAAAGAGUAUCCAAUUCAAACUAUUAUAAACGGCUUUUCAUGUUCAUUCGAAGAGUUCUCUAGCGUGGCCGACUACUUGUUCUUGAAAGGAUCUUUACCGGGCCCUAAGAAGAUCUUUAAAGUAUCUGAAAGAAGAGCGCAACAAUUGCCUGCUGUUGGUCUUUUAAUGAGCGCUGCGUUUGAAUCCCUUCCACAAGUCAAGACUGUUCAUUUCAGUGAAGGAGGUGUAAGAGAAGGCACAUUGUACUCCAUUUUGCCUCGUGAAAUCAGAGCUCAGGACCCUUUGCACGUCGCAACACGCCCAUAUGCACCUCUACUAGCUCCCAAAUACCUCGAGCUUCUCAGAGCUGCGAUUCCGGAAAAGGAUGUUCCUAAGAUUGUGUAUUCUCGAAUCGCACCAGCAUUGUGCAACUUGGCGUUUGUACAUGCUUCUUACCCUAAAGAGUUGCAACCGACUGCUGCUCUUCAUGUUGCAACAACUGGAAUCAUCGCGGGAUGUCAUGGACUUUCUCAUAGGGCCAGAGCGCUGAUAGGGAUUGCGCUCUGUAACAGAUGGGGUGGCGACGUUCCUGAACAAGAGCUAGAGCAUAAAAAACUGCUUGAAGACGUCGUGCUUCGGGACGGCAACAAGGUUGAGAGAGAGAGAAUUGUUUGGUGGACCCAAUAUAUUGGAACUAUCAUGUACGUUAUUUGUGGUGUUCACCCAGGUGGCAACAUAAGGGAUGGUUUGUUCAACUUCAACAUUGAGCAAAAAGGUGAUUCUGAUAAAGAGCUUCAAAACCUCAGCCUUGACGAGAGAAUUGCUUCUAGCAAUUCAAAGAAACGGGAAUUUGAAGUGAUUGUUCGAAUUAGCAAAGACGAUUUGAAGACUAGUGCUUCGGUAAGGGCAAGGAUAAUUACUCUACAAAAAAAAAUUCGGAAGCUCUCUCGAGGGAGCUCAGAGAAGGUCAAGAUAGGCGUACAGUUUUAUGAGGACGCUUAG